AGACAGCUGGUUCAGCUGGCUGUCAGUUAAAUGCUAGGUGGCGUAUAAAGUCAGCCAGCUAGCCAGCCAUCAAAAGUUUGUAAAUAUUGUUCGUGAGUUGAAAAUACUAAAGUGUCACCAUGAGUAACAUAUACAUUCAGGAACCGCCGACAACAGGAAAGGUCAUAUUGAAGACUUCAGUAGGGGAAAUAGACCUAGAAUUAUGGACCAAAGAAGCCCCGAAGGCUUGCAGAAAUUUUAUUCAACUUUGUUUAGAAGGAUAUUAUGACAAUACCAUAUUUCACAGGGUAGAAAAGGGAUUUAUUAUACAAGGUGGCGAUCCCACGGGGACUGGGGAAGGUGGAGAAAGCAUUUACAAUGGACCAUUCAAGGAUGAGUUUCAUACUAGAUUACGUUUUUGCCGGAGAGGCUUACUUGCAAUGGCAAAUGCUGGAAAGGAUGACAACGGAUCCCAGUUCUUCUUUACUCUUGCAGCUACACCUGAGCUGCAAAAUAAACACACCAUAUUUGGCAAAGUUACUGGGGAAACAAUUUACAAUAUGCUCAAACUUGAAGAUGCACUUGUUGAUGAGAAUGAUCGGCCUCUGUAUCCUCAGAAAAUCAUCAAAACAGAGGUUUUAAACAAUCCAUUUAAUGAUAUAGUUCCCAGGACUGAACCAGAGAAAGUUGUAGUUGAUAAACCUAAGAAAAAAGAAAAAAAAUCUGGUGUAAAAAACUUCAAGCUCCUUUCUUUUGGUGAGGAAGCAGCAGAGGAUGAAGAAGAAUCGGUCGUCCUAAGUAAAAAGUUUAGUGGAAAAGGUAAAUCUGCCCAUGACAAUUUAACAGAUCCGAAACUGAGUGCAGAGCCUGCUAUUGAAACUGGUGAACCUCAGAGCAAAAAAAUGAAAACAGAUAAUGACAACAACGUGAGUGGCGAUGAGAAAAUGGAAUCCGGUGAUGAAGAUACUGAAUUAAGCAAAGAAAAACAGGCCAUAAAAGAGCGAAUCAAAAACAAAUUAAAAGAUUCCAAAAGUACAAUAGAUCGUCAAAAACCAAAAAGCAAUCAGAAGUCGAACAAGGUUCCCGAGAUUGAGAAUGAACCGGAGGAGGAGCCUUACUAUUUAGGAAAAGAUCGCGUUGAUGAGCGAAAGAAAAAAGCUGAGGAGAUUCGAAAGGAAAUUCGUGACUUGAAACGGGAUGUCAGGAACGAGAAAAAAGCAAAAGAGGAUGAAGCAAAGGAAAAAGUAGAACAGGAACAGGAGAAGGAGAAAAAGUCCAGUGUGUUGAGAGAGUACAUAGAAACCCAGGAAAAAUACAAAGAAGCUAAAUCAAAGUUACCACAGAAGGGUCGAUCCCGAGAAGACUUUACGUUACAGUUACUCCAGAAAUUCCGAACGAAAUUGCACACUGUGAAGGAACAUGCAGAGGAAGCAAACGGAGAUGUGGAAAAGAAAGAUACUGACAACGAGGAUGAACUCGACGACGAGAAAUGGAUGUCGCACAGGUUACGGUUUGAAGAAAAAACGCCUGUGCUGGCUAAAGACGCCAGCACAAAAGAUGACGAUUGGUUCGAGAUUUACGAUCCUAGAAAUCCCCUCAAUAAAAGAAGACGAGGAGAAAAAACUCAAAAAACUAAAAGUGGAGAACAUUCCCGGCGGAGAUAGUAGAUUGGUUUAGUUAAAAAAUACUCCUAGGUAUUGCAAGAAUUUGAUUAUUGCGUAUGUAUAGGAAUGUUACUACAAUUUUAAUCCGAACUGAAAAAUAAAGAUUAUUGGUAAUUUA